GAGUCAUAGGCCUGAGCCGCACCGGCCCAUGGGAGUAAAAUGGCGGGGAAGAAGAAUGUUUUGUCGUCUCUUGCGGUCUAUGCGGAAGAUUCAGAGCCUGAAUCUGAUGGCGAGGCUGGAGUCGACGCUGUAAACAGCGCGGCUGAAGAAAAAGGUGGAUUGGUAUCUGAUGCCUAUGGAGAGGAUGACUUUUCUCGUCUAGGGGGUGAUGAAGAUGGUUAUGAAGAAGACGACGAUGAGAACAGCAAACAGUCGGAAGAUGACGAUUCAGAGACUGAAAAACCUGAGGCUGAUGACCCAAAGGAUAAUACAGAAGUAGAGAAGCGGGAUCCCCAGGAAUUAGUUGCCUCUUUUUCUGAAAGGGUCCGUAACAUGUCACCUGAUGAAAUCAAGAUCCCACCGGAACCCCCUGGCAGAUGUUCAAAUCACUUGCAAGAUAAGAUCCAGAAGCUUUAUGAGCGAAAGAUAAAGGAGGGAAUGGACAUGAACUACAUCAUCCAAAGGAAGAAAGAGUUUCGGAACCCCAGCAUCUACGAGAAACUGAUCCAGUUCUGCGCCAUUGAUGAGCUAGGCACCAACUACCCAAAGGAUAUGUUCGACCCCCAUGGCUGGUCUGAGGACUCCUACUAUGAGGCAUUAGCCAAGGCCCAGAAGAUUGAGAUGGACAAACUGGAAAAGGCCAAAAAAGAGCGAACCAAGAUUGAGUUUGUGACGGGCACGAAGAAAGGCACUACUACCAACGCCACAGCCACCACCACGACUACUGCCAGCACAGCUGUUGCAGAUGCCCAGAAGAGAAAGAGUAAGUGGGACUCUGCCAUCCCAGUGACCACAAUCGCACAGCCCACCAUUCUUACCACCACAGCCACCCUGCCAGCGGUUGUCACUGUCACCACUAGUGCCAGUGGCUCUAAGACCACUGUCAUCUCUGCCGUGGGCACCAUUGUGAAGAAGGCCAAGCAGUGACCAGAGGACACCUCAGGACUGGACAGGACUAUGUGGCCUGGUGAUGUUUUGCCCUCUGGCAGGCGCAACUUUGUAUAUCUCAGGACUGGGCUCUGCUCCACAGAUGCCUUCUGAGAGGAGCCCCUGUGGCAUUCCAACCAGAAAAACAGUGCAGCAGAGACAUUGGGGUGCAGUGGACAGGUUCUGUCCACACACUCUUGGAAUCUCACCCAAUUAAAAGUACUGCAUUCUUCGAUCCUGGCACGUCAGGUGCACUGGUCUCUCCUGUGCUGUCUUCAAGCGUAUGUGAAGCUCAAAGUGCCCUCCAUCUUCUCAGUCAGGACUUGUUGCCUCAGGAUGAACAAAAGCUGUUGGCACAGCCCAGAGGAGCAGCCCAGGAAACCACCGUGGUCAUUCCCAGCAUAUGCUUUUUGGCAUGGCAUGUGGGACCCUAAGGAGGGGGCUAGACACACACCCCUUCCUGUAGUCUGCUUCCCUGAUCCCGAAACUAGAUCUCAGCAGCUUCUCAGGCAAGAGCCCAGGCCUCUGCUCUCUUGGGUGCAGUUAAACACUCCCCACACUGCUUCUGAUACAUACCCAGGCAUUUGAACUCAGGCCAGGUACCAGAGGGCUAGGAUGUGAUUCCCAACCUGCACAGGGACCGAGCAAGGCAUGGGCACCUGGCCAAGUCUGCCCCAGUCCCUUGUUGCCCAGUGAGUGUGGCCAGCAGGAUCCACACAGUGGGGGAGAUGAAUCACCUCCUGCUCUGGCCAGACCGCCACUCAUUGUUUCUGUGAGAGCCCUGCUCUUGUGAGGGCUUCUGUCUCCCCACCCUUCCUCUCUUGUUAUCUCUGCCCAGCAGCAGCCCUGGGUAACACCAGUGGCUACUCGGCUGUUCUUGGGGCCCCAAAACAGGUUCACCAAACCAAGAUUCUAGAAAGGAGAAUUUGCCGUUCAUGCCCUUUGGCAGCUCCUCCCACUGCAGCGGAGGAGCUGAGUGUCAGAGAAGGAAGCCAGGCUGUGAAGAGUCCUGCCGCUAACAUGGCAUCAGCAGAGACUCAGGAAGGUGGUUCUGAAACUGGCUGGCAUUUGCUGUGUGAUCUGAGGACUGACACACUCUGCCCAUUAGGUCCCUAAUAUAAAAACUGAGUCACACUCACCCUUCCUCUCCUUGACAGGACUCUGCAACCUUGAUGAAGAAAGACCUCAUACCCUGCAGCCUCUAGCAGGCAGCGCCUUUAUUAGCUGAGGACAAGGUCUGUAGAAGGUGACCCAGGGAGAUGCAGUGAAAGGGCACUGGCUUCUUGGGCCUACAGUCCAGCAUGUGGUCUGAGUCAAGCCGCAGCAGUGACGCUUCAUAAGGUGGUCAUGUGGAAUCAGUGAGACAGUAAUACAAGAGCUUUAUGAAUUGUA